AUGGCACCCAAACGCCCGCCGUACACCCGCUCGUCCUCCUCGACGAGCUCGGGCGCAUCUACCCCUACUCUGCCUUAUGCGAGUUCCAUGCCGCACACCCCGCCUGCAUCACCUACUCCACCACAGGCACAGCUUCAUGGACAUACUGGUUUGUCCACCGUCGUCACCGUUGCGCAUGCCGAGGCCCGCGUGCCAGCCACCAUCGCGAGCAGUAGCGGCAGCAGCAGCAGCAAAGCAAACCUCAUUGGUACGCUGAAGUCCAAGAGCGCGUAUGAUGCGCUUGUACAUGGCUCUUGGGCAUAG